UCCAUUUAAACUUCUCUCUGUACCGGACUUUUAUGAACAUUAUUUGCAUGCCGAUGUAGUCCUUUACUGUUAACGAAAUAAAGUUGCCUUGUAAUCACGUGGGUAUCCAGACCUGACAACAUUAAUUCAGAAAUGGAUAGUAUCAAAACAGUAACUCAUAUAAAUGGAGACGCAAAAAAGGAGAAUAGUGAUGAUGCUCAGUCAACAUCGAGUACACAUAUUGUUUGUGGAGGAUGUCGAAGGAAACUACGGAAGUUGUUGCCUGUGAACUAUAAAAAAGAAAUUGUACAGCUGCUGAAACUGGCUGGACCAGUGUUUAUAUCUCAGCUGAUGAUCUUCCUGAUCAGUUUCGUCAGCACUGUGUUCUGUGGACACUUGGGGAAAACCGAACUGGCCGGAGUAGCUCUGGCUAUUGCAGUUAUUAAUGUGACUGGCAUUUCCAUUGGCGCUGGGUUGGCGUCUGCAUGUGAUACACUCAUCUCCCAGACAUUUGGGAGUAAUAAUCUGAAGCGGGUGGGUGUGAUACUGCAGAGAGGGAUUCUCAUCCUCUUGUUGGCCUGUUUCCCCUGCUGGGCACUGCUCAUUAACACCGAGCCCAUCCUUUUGGCUGUCAGACAGAGCCCCAGUGUGGCCAGUCUUUCACAACUCUAUGUAAAAAUAUUCAUGCCCGCACUGCCUGCUGCAUUUAUGUACCAACUGCAAGGAAAGUAUCUUCAAAAUCAGGGUAUUAUUUGGCCUCAGGUCAUCACAGGAGCAGCUGGAAAUAUCCUUAAUGCUUUAAUAAACUACAUCUUUCUUCAUCUGCUUGGUCUUGGUGUUGCAGGAUCUGCUGCUGCAAACACCAUUUCUCAAUAUUCAUUGGCUGUUUUUCUCUAUGUUUACAUCCGCUGGAGGGGCCUACAUAAAGCCACCUGGGACGGUUGGUCUCAUGACUGUCUGCAGGAAUGGGGUGCCUUCAUCCGUUUGGCUUUUCCCAGCAUGCUCAUGCUUUGUGUGGAGUGGUGGACAUAUGAGAUUGGUGGAUUUCUGGCAGGUCUCAUCAGUGAGACUGAGUUGGGGGCUCAGUCUGUUGUCUAUGAGCUGGCCACUAUUGCAUAUAUGUUUCCUCUGGGAUUUGCAGUGGCAGCCAGUGUAAGAGUGGGAAAUGCACUUGGAGCUGGAAACUCAGAACAAGCUAAGAUGUCUGCCAAAGUAUCUUUAGUCUGUGGAUUACUUGUUUCAUGUGUGGUUGCAACCUGUAUUGGAGGCUCCAAGGACAUUAUUGGGUACAUUUUUACUACAGAAGAGGAUAUUGUUUUCAGAGUUUCAGAAGUCAUGAUCAUGUAUGGCUUCUUUCAUCUAUUUGAUGCCAUUGCGGGCAUUACAGGUGGCAUUGUCAGAGGUGCUGGAAAACAACUGCUAGGUGCUCUUUGUAACAUUGUGGGAUACUAUUUUGUGGGAUUCCCAAUUGGAGUGUCACUGAUGUUUGCUGUCAACAUGGGCAUAAUUGGUUUGUGGACUGGAUUAUUUGUGUGUGUCUUCAUGCAGUCUUUGUUCUUCAUCAUCCUAAUUUGCAAAUUGGACUGGAAGAAAGCAACUCAAGAGGCCUUGACCAGAGCAGGUGUACAAGCACCUAAGACUAAAGAUGAAUCUUAUGCUAUGGAAAACAAGGUCUGCAAUGAAGAAGUAGCACAGGAGUUCCAGCAUAUUGAAGAAGGCCAGGCCAAUGGAAACACAGACCUGGAAGAGCUAAGUAAAGGAGAAGGGGGAAUAGCAGAGGCUGGCACAAUUGUCACAGUUGGAAAUGUCUUGACCACUAAACAGCUGGUUGUCCGUCGAGGACUUGCAGUUCUCAUCAUGCUGCUCAUACUAGCUGGAGGGAUUGUGUUAAAUGAGAUGCUCACUGAAUAUCUCAAGCGAGGAUGAUAUAAUCAUUUUUUGCCAAAAUAUUUAUAUUCUCACCAAAGAUUUUAGGACUUCCGAAGAGAAGGGACAGUGGCUUCUUUGUGGGCUGAGAUGCUCUUCAAGAUGAUGUGAGGCUAUGGAAGUUUUAAUUUUUUAUAUUGAUCAGCACAGUCAACUACACUCUCCUGAAAUAAUAACAAAGGAAAGCAUAAACUUGUGAGGUGAGAACAGUAUGUGAAAGUGCUUAUCACAUCUACCAAAUAAGCUAAGAAACAGGAAUAUAAGAUAGAGACUCAGCUACACUGCCAUGUAAAAAAAUUGCAGUAACUUCACCUUUGGUAAAAAGUUCAGUGACAACUUUCUGAAUAAACUUUGAAGUAUUUUAAUGGAUAUGACAAGUUAGUAGGUUUGGUCUUUGCAUACAACUGUAGAUCUGCUUUUGCUGCUGAAAAAUUAGACAUACAUACAAUCUCUUUGAAAUAGAUCUAGAGGUGAUGCUGGGGAGGAGGAGGGUUUUAUUACUGAACUUAAAAAUGACAUUUCUCAUUUACUCACCCUUAUGCCAUCACAGAUGUGACUUUACAAAGGCAGCAUAAAAGUAACUCAUAAAACUAAGGUGGUUUAAUCCAUGUCUUUUAAAGCAAUCCAAUUGGUUUUUGGAUAAGAACAGACCAAAAUAGAACUCCCUUUUCACUAUAAAUUGUGACAUCAGCAGUCUCCUUGGCAAUCCUGAUUUAAAGCUAAAAUACACAUCUCAGCACCAUAUUGUGCUCUACGCAUCCAUUAAGCACUAGAAAGUGUAAUCAAGCUUGAAAUCAUGAUUGUGCCCAGAGAAUGCAGUGGCAGUCAAAAUGUAGUUAUAUUUUGGUCUGUUCUCACUCAAAUUUGAUUAGAUCGCUUAAGAGACAUUGAUUAAACCACUAGAGUCAAAUGGUUUACUUUUAUGCUUCCUUUAUGUGCUUUUUGGAGCUUCACAGUUUUGGCAUUGUAUGAACCUACAAAGCUGAAAUAUUCUUCUAAAAACUUUCAUUUGUGUUCUGCAGAGUGAAGAAAGUCACACAUCUGGGAUAAGGGUUGGGAGGGUUACUUUUGAAAUGUAUUCCACUACAGAUUACAGAAUACAUGCUGUAAUUUGUAACGUAUUCUGUUAAAUUACUCAAGUUCAGAAACAUAUUCUAAAUACUUUGGAUAACUUCUUCAGUACUGGUAGAUUUUUUCACUUGUUUUGACUAUAAAAACUACCAGUACAGUACAAAAUACACGUUAAAAAUACAUUCUCUGAAAAACCUAAAUAUCUUAUGCAGUGUUGUUUCUGAAACAAGAUGAAUCAAACUGAUCUUCAUUUAAAGAUUUUUAGAUAUUUUUACAGGAAAACAAAACAAAAAGAAUAUGAUUUUUUUGCUCUAAUAUCAAAGGUCUUACUAGGAACAAUUUUUAAUUUUCUUGAUAAAAUGUUUUUAUCAUGUCUGGUAACAUGUGCAUGUAAAAUGGCUAGAAAUAGCAUUUCAGUUUAGCAUAAAGCUGACAAUUUACACAAGGUUUAUUUCUAUUUCUUCUGCUCCAAACUUACUUCAAACGUACUUCUCUGUCUGCUCGUAUGAAUGUAACACAUCAUAAGAAAGUGUUUCACCGCUGUUCAAUGGACUUUGGAUCGCAUCAUUUAUAUGUAUAAAUGUUUUCCAUCUGAAAGGACUAAAUAUUAAAUAAAAAAUAAAAAAAGACAAUUAAAUGCAAAGUAAACUUUUCAGUAAUCAAAUUACUUUUUUAAUGUAACUGUAUUCUAAUUACCAACGAUUUAAAUUGUAACUGUAGUGGAAUACAGCAACAUAUAUUUUGUAUUUUAAAUACAUAUUCCCAUUAAUUACUCCCCAACCCUGUCUGGGAUGAUAUGAUGGUGAGUAAAUGAUGAGAGAUUUUUCAUUUUGUGGUGAACUAUUCCAUUAAUCAUUUAUAUCUGGACUGAAUAAAAUAUUUUUAUCUUAACUGAAUCAUAUUUAACUGUAAUCAUGUAUCUUAGAAUAUGAUCUGCCUGUAAUAGACGGGGUUGGCUUGAUUAUGCUCAGUUUCAGAGAAAAGAGAACAUUUUAAGUUUCAGUGUUUGCCUAGUUGUGUUUUGACUUUGAAGGCCAAGACUGAUGUUCAGUCAUUCUAAUGGUUGACCUGUAUGCACAAUUAAAGAGAGCUAUUUAAGCCAGUGUGAAAAGCUUAGUGCUGUGAGAUUGAGGCUGGUGAAUUUAAAAACAUUACAGUCCAUAAAUUAUUUCAUUAAAUUUCUUUUUUUUUAAAGAGUUAUUAAGUUGUGUUUUCCUUGCAUAUUUGCAGCAAACUGUGAAGUACAUUGAAUGUCACUGUCACUAUGGAUAAAAGUGUCUGCUAAAUGAAUAAAUGGAUAUUUGUAAAUUCUAAUAU